UGCGACAGUCUACGAAUGCCACUGAAGAAGACGCAUAGGAGAGCGUGAAUGUGCUUUCACUUGCUGAGAAGGGCGUUAAAACUGAAGUUUUGAGAAUGAGUCGCUCUUAUAACGAUGAGCUCCAGUAUCUGGAUAAAAUUCACAAGAACUGCUGGAGGAUCAAGAAAGGUUUCGUGCCAAACAUGCAGGUGGAGGGAAUUUUCUAUGUAAAUGAGCCUUUGGAGAAGCUGAUGUUUGAAGAGUUGAGAAACGCGUGCCGUGGAGGAGGUUUUGGAGGAUUUCUGCCUGCCAUGAAGCAAAUUGGAAAUGUUGCUGCUCUUCCAGGAAUUGUACAUAGGUCUAUUGGAUUACCUGACGUUCACUCUGGAUAUGGGUUUGCUAUUGGAAACAUGGCUGCGUUUGACAUGGACAAUCCAGACGCGGUCGUCUCUCCUGGUGGUGUGGGGUUCGAUAUCAACUGCGGCGUUCGACUGCUGCGGACAAACCUAGAUGAGGGCGACGUGCAGCCGGUUAAAGAGCAGCUGGCACAGUCCUUGUUUGACCAUAUUCCUGUCGGCGUCGGAUCCAAGGGCGUCAUUCCGAUGAGUGCAAAAGACCUGGAGGAGGCUCUGGAGAUGGGUGUGGAUUGGUCAUUGAGGGAGGGAUACGCCUGGGCCGAGGAUAAAGAACACUGUGAGGAAUACGGCAGGAUGCUGCAGGCCGAUCCCACGAAAGUCUCUUCCAAAGCCAAGAAGAGAGGCCUGCCACAGUUGGGUACACUGGGUGCAGGAAAUCAUUACGCUGAAAUUCAGGUGGUAGAUGAGAUCUAUAAUGACUAUGCAGCAAAGAAGAUGGGCAUCGACCACAAGGGACAGGUGUGCGUGAUGAUCCACAGCGGCAGUCGAGGCCUUGGCCAUCAGGUGGCGACAGAUGCUCUGGUUGCCAUGGAGAGGGCCAUGAAGCAAGAUAACAUCACAGUAAAUGAUCGUCAGCUGGCUUGUGCUCGCAUCAUGUCUCGUGAAGGUCAGGACUAUCUGAAGGGAAUGGCCGCCGCUGGCAACUACGCCUGGGUUAACCGAUCCUCAAUGACUUUCCUCACUCGCCAGGCCUUCUCCAAAGUGUUCAACACCACACCGGAUGAUCUGGACAUGCACGUCAUCUACGACGUCUCGCACAACAUCGCCAAGGUUGAGGAGCACAUGGUGGAUGGUAAACAGAAGACACUUCUGGUGCACAGGAAGGGCUCGACCCGAGCGUUUCCUCCUCAUCAUCCACUCAUACCCGUCGACUAUCAGUUAACCGGUCAGCCAGUUCUAAUUGGAGGCACUAUGGGCACCUGUAGUUACGUGUUGACGGGAACAGAGCAGGGCAUGACCGAGACCUUCGGUACCACAUGUCACGGCGCGGGUCGAGCGCUGUCCAGAGCCAAAUCCAGAAGGAAUCUGGACUUCCAGGAUGUUCUGGAUAAACUGGCAGACAUGGGAAUCGCCAUCAGAGUCGCAUCACCCAAGCUUGUGAUGGAGGAGGCACCGGAGUCCUACAAGAAUGUCACGGACGUGGUCGACACGUGUCACGAUGCAGGUAUUAGUAAGAAGGCCAUCAAGCUCCGCCCCAUCGCUGUAAUUAAAGGUUGAAAAAAGCACUGCGCACAGGAUGACGGCACAACGACAACACAGCCUUUCAAUCGAAUUUAAGUUUUGCACUAUUAUAGGUGGAGCGACUCGUGGUCGUAUCUUGGUUUGGAUUUAGGGGAGAAUGGUUUACAAAGAUUAAAGGUAGUGAUUGAUGUCGAGAGGUUUGCAGUUCUGCUCCAGAAGGGUCUUCACGAGCAGAACUGAACCUCGGCAUGUUCUUCUGAACACUUGUGUGAUAAAAUCACCUGUAUGAAAUAAUAAACACUCAUCUGAAAAUCAAA